UUCGACCGAAAAGCGAUGGGGGCACUGUUAAUUCCAGCCACGGAUCGAGUUCGCCUGCAACAACACGGACAACAGUCGACCCAAAGCUGGGGAGGAAUUACGAACUAUCAGAUCUCAGACUAAUGCGAGAAGUAGUUCUCUAGACAUAACAAAAAAUUCGCCACCAAGGCCGAGCCUAAUAAUAGGCCAAACCUCUCCGUUUCCAAUGGGACCUUGCCGUCCUCUUCUUUACCUGCCCGUCGGUUUGUCAGUCAGUCAAUCAGUCAGUCAGCUAUGUUGUAAUUCUGGCUAACUUGCUUGACACGUUACCUACUCUAAUUAAUACGCAUAGCUUUCUGACAUCAUAUGCUGUUUGUCGAACGGAGACCAUCGGUUAUCUCUGGAGUCUCUUGAGCUUCAUGAGGAACACCACGCCUUAAGCCCACCCAUUGCUGUUACCUUUACUCUCACCCGCACACCUGCACACCCGCACACCCACUCACCAGCUUUUGGCCACCAAACGCACAUCCUCGCCAAUCGAGUGGCCAGGAUGGCCCCGCCCCCCGCCCACUCGUCGCAAGUGGAAGUGGUGGAUCUAGAUUCCACGAUCGAGAGUGAGGAAUACGAGAAGGAGGAGCAAGAGAACCACCCUGAGAGAUUCGCACCCGUUCGUCCCGGGGGUCAGAAAUUGGAUCGCACGAUUGAGUUGAGUAGUAGCGAUGACGAAGACCACGAGGUCAAGGACAAUAUGAAGGCCGAAGAACGAAUCCAUGGGCCAGAGCUAGGCAUCAACGGUAGCCGGACCCUCGAUUCGUCUACUUCUGACUCCGGGACCAACCCGAACCAGUCCACCCGCUUGGCAGCGGACUCCAGUGGCGCCUUGGAUCACGCCAACAGCAGCCCAAAUCAGACGGCCUUCAUGACCCCUUGCCAAACCCCAGCCCAACUUCAGUCCCAUUCUGACGUGGUGUCCGGUGCCCGGGUUGACCUAGUGCCUUGGCAAACCUCCACCCCCUUUGGCGGUCCAGUCAAGUCUGGUACGGGUGGUGUAAGCGCCGCCACCGCCUUUACGCCCUCGGCGUCCUCUUUCCAUUUUGUCAAGGAUCCGGGCCACGCCAAUCCGUUCCAAACGAUGGAUGAGAUUCGCGACGAGUUCCAUCAGACCGACCCUACCCUUCCAGACCCUUCCGACGAAGGCGAUGAUGAAGCGGAAGAAGAUUCGGCCAUCGCCUCGGCCGGCCUCGACCUCCAUUCUCCGCUCAAACGACCGCCCGCCUUACGACCCCACGAUAGCUCGUCCUCGGGUGAAUACACGGACGAGGACCGACCCGGCUCAGACCUACUGAUCUCGCCUCCUUCGGGCGCGCUUGGCUCGGGUUCGCCCCUCUUGGUCCAUCACCGCCGGCAACCCACGCCGAAGAAAAGGAAACUGGCCGACUUGGACCUGCCGGAAACGUGCACGGUUCUACACAUGCCCGAUGGCGCGGGUUCCGUCUAUCUCGUCGGAACGGCUCAUUUCUCGGAACAAAGCCAAGAGGACGUGGCGCGUGUCAUUCGUCAAGUCCAGCCUGAUGUGGUCAUGUUGGAACUCUGCAAGACCCGGUCAUCCAUGCUUCACAUGGACGAAGCCCGAAUCCUAGCUGAAUCCGCGUCCAUGACCCCGGCCAAAAUGCGCACACUCAUUCGAGAGAAGGGCUUGGCCAGUGGGAUGUUGUACAUCUUGAUGUUGAGCCUAUCGGCCAAGCUCACCCGCGAAUUGGGCAUGAUCCCGGGUGGCGAGUUCCGACGCGCUUUCAACGAGGCCCGAAAGAUACCCGGCUGUAUGAUUCACUUGGGUGAUCGACCCAUCGACAUCACCAUGAAGCGAGCCAUGGGAUCGCUUACCUUGUGGCAGAAGAUCCGAUUUUCGCUCAAUGUCCUAUUCUCGAGUGAGACCGUGACCAAAGAAGAUGUCGAGAAAUGCAAACAAAAGGACCUUUUGGCCACGAUUAUGGUCGAACUGGCAGGCGAAUAUCCCGAGUUGUCCAAUGUGAUCUUGAAUGAACGCGACCUGUUCUUGGCAUUUUCUCUCCGUACCGCCGUUCAAAGCCGGCGCAUCAUCAUGGAGAACCAAAUGGCGCACAAUCAACAAGCUUCCCACCCCGUGGUGGUUGGGGUGGUGGGCAUUGGGCAUGUGGCCGGGAUUCAAGCCAAUUUUGAGACCGUCUCUGCCGAAGACAUAUCUCGAUUGGUUCAACUCCCAGUGCCCACCUUUGCCCAAAUCGCCCUGAGUAAAACACUUCGGUUCGGAUUCUAUUUGAGCUUAACCUAUGGUGGAUAUCGGCUCCUGAGAGGACCCAUCUGCAAAUUUCUGACACAUUGACCCAAAAUGAACUUGUGAUUGACUUGAGAGCGUGGGCUGCCACAUUCAUUCUCCCUAAAGUAUUUUCUUCCAAAGCUCUUGUGUUUUGGGGCUUGAUUUGAAAGAAAAAUGAAUACAACUUAUUUUCUAUCUCUGAA